AUGUCCAAGCUCUCCCAGAAACACCAGUUCCGGCUCGAACGAAAGUACCGCCGGCGCGCGGCGCUGAAGUACGCGCGGCCGAAGUUCAUCAAGGGCGUUACCCUGGCGCAGUGGGUUAUUAUCGGAUCUUCGGGAGCGCGUCUUCUCCAGUGUCCGCGCUGUAUUUUCCAGUCCAGCCCCCCUAACCCUGUGCGCAGGACUGCUGAAAACAAUAGCUCAGCCUCGCGGAGUGAUUCGCAGUAA